UGAGCUCUGUGAGUCCCCAGCAGAUAUCAUUCAUGUCUUCCUACAGAUCAUGACUGACACCUGGCAUUAGUUCUCCUUUCCUACUGAGUGUUUGGAUGGGAUGUGGAGGCAAAAUUCAUCCCCUCCCCUCUCCCCUACCCUUUUUAUUUUUAUUUUCUGUCUCUCCAAUACUUAUUUUAGUUUGCUCUCUGCCCUUCCAUCCCUAAUUCUGAGAUUUCUUUUCUAUUCUAGCAGGUUAUGGGAUGGUGGACAAGAACAAAGUGCAGAAUCCUCAGCAGGAAGAUGCUGAGCAAGUGGAAGCAUGUGGGGCACUAUCACAAAGAUCCAAAGGUAAUGUGUCCAGUAGUCAUGAAUGCGAGAAAGCCUGUGAAAGUCACCACAGGCCAGAGAGAUAUCAGGGAAACCAGACACAGGAGAAAGUGGAUGAACCCAUUAAUUUUCAAGGAACUCACAGGGAACUCAAAGAAACCACAUCCCAGGCAAAAAUCCUCAGGGUAGAGAGAGAGAAUACAUGCAGCGAGUGUGGGAAAAACUUCAGAUACUGUUCAGCCCUCAUUCGACAUAAGAUCAUGCACACAAAAGACAGACCCUAUGAAUGCUUCACUCAGAGCACAUUCCUUAUUAUGCAUCAGAAAAUACACAGAGGAGAGAAACCCUAUCAAUGCUAUGAGUGUGGGAAAAACUUCACUAACAGCUCAGCACUUAUAACCCAUCAGAGAAUCCACACAGGUGAGAAACCCUAUCAAUGCAGUGACUGUGGGAAAAGGUUCUCUCGGCGCUCAGUGCUUAUUAUCCACCAGAGAAUCCACACAGGUGAGAAACCCUAUCAGUGCUGUAUAUGUGGGAAAAGCUUCACUAACAGCUCAACGCUUAUUACUCAUCAGAGAAUACACACAGGUGAGAAACCCUAUAAAUGCUGUGAAUGUGGGAAAAGCUUCAUUCGUAGCUCACACCUUGCUAUACAUCAGAAAAUCCACAUGAAAGAGAGACCCUAUGAAUGCAGUGACU